UCGUUUUAUUUAGUAAAAAUGUAGACUUUGUAGUUUAAACGAAGCUUUGGUCCUUACAUAUUUUUAAAGUUAUUUUUUCCGAGUGAGAAUCCAAAAUUUAAAUGUUUAUAAUAUUUUGAAAAUAUUUUUUGUAACUUUUAGACGAAUUAAAUAUACCAAAUUAAUUUUUUUUAGUAAAUUAUUGGGUACAUAUUCCAGCGGUUCAAUGGAGAGUAAAGAAAAUAUAAAUGACGAAGAUGUCGAAGCUAGGCGCAGUCAUAAAUUUACAACAUUACCGAACCUGCCGAAAGCAUUAACUUUGAAUGAAAAGAAAUACCUUUUGGCUAUUGAAAGAGGAGACCUUCCAACUGUAAGAAAAUUGCUAUCGAGAGCCCAAAGAAAAAAUACCUUUGAUAUAAACUGUGUAGACAGUUUAGGUAGAGGGGCACUAACAAUAGCGAUUGACCAAGAAAAUCUUGAAAUGGUAGAACUUCUUGUUAUUAUGGGCGUUGAAACCAGAGAUGCUCUUCUAUAUGCUAUCAAUGUUGAGUUUGUUGAAGCAGUCGAGUUACUUUUAGAACAUGAAGAAUUGAUACAUAAAGAAGGAGAACCUUAUAGUUGGCAAAAAGUGGAUUUAAAUACUGCAGUGUUCACACCCGAUAUUACUCCUUUAAUUUUAGCUGCUCAUAGAAAUAACUACGAAAUAUUAAAGAUUUUAUUAGAUAGGGGAGCUACGAUACCCAUGCCACAUGAUAUUAAAUGCGGCUGUGAUGACUGCGUAAGUCAAUCAGAAGAAGAUUCUUUGCGAUACUCAUUAUCUCGGUUAAAUGAGUAUAAGGCCUUGGCUAGUCCAUCGCUAAUGGCGCUUUCCUCUAGUGAUCCUCUUUUAACAGCAUUUCAGUUAUCAUGGGAAUUACGGAAUUUGGCUUUUGCAGAACCUGAAUCAAAAUCUGAAUAUAUGGAUUUACGUAAGCAAUGUCAGCAAUUUGCUGUGGAUUUGCUGCAACAGUCAAGAAGUUCAAGCGAAUUGGCAAUUAUUUUAAACCAUGAUCCUAAUAACCCUCCGUACCAGGAGGGCGAACACAUGAAACUGGCAAGGCUUGAACUUGCUAUCCUGUACAAGCAGAAAAAGUUUGUUUCGCAUCCGAAUAUUCAACAGCUUUUAGCAGCUUUAUGGUAUGAAGGAGUUCCCGGAUUUCGCAGGAAAUCCACUGUUCAAAAGUUAAUGAUAAUUAUAAAAGUGGCCCUAUUCUUUCCAUUAUAUUGCCUUCUGUAUACAUUUGCACCUGAGACAAAAAGUGGUAAACUUAUGAGGAAACCUUUUAUGAAGUUUUUGAUUCAUGCGUCAUCUUACUUAUUUUUCUUAUUACUAUUGAUCUUGGUGUCUUUAAGGGCUGACGAUAUUUUUUUCGAAUACGUUGGUUCCCAAUCUAUGAAAGCUUACGUUUUGGAAAAAUAUCAGAAACAAAGGGGUAAUACACCAACUUUUUUAGAAUAUGCUGUAUUGAUAUAUGUCAUAGGAUUUAUAUUUGAAGAAACUCAAGAAAUAUUUACAGAAGGCAUAAAAAGUUACUUGCGCAAUCUUUGGAAUUUCAUCGAUUUUACUAGAAACCUUUUUUAUUCUAUGACCUUUGGAUUAAGAGCUAUCGCCUAUCUUCAACAAUGCAAUGAAAUUUAUAAUGAUCCACAAACAGCAUAUUUAAGAAGGGAGGAAUGGAAUGCUUUUGAUCCACAGCUUAUUGCCGAAGGACUGUUUGCAGCUGCAAAUAUUCUUAGUGCCUUAAAAUUGGUGCACUUAUUCUCAAUAAACCCACACUUAGGACCUUUACAAAUUUCACUAGGACGAAUGGUAAUCGAUAUAGUGAAGUUCUUUUUCAUUUAUUCAUUGGUUCUUUUUGCUUUUGCUUGUGGACUUAACCAACUUUUAUGGUACUUUUCCGACCUCGAAAAACAAAAGUGCUAUCACCUACCAAGUGGUGAACCCGACUUUGACAAUGCAGGCGACUCUUGUAUGAAAUGGAGACGAUUUGCAAAUGUCUUUGAAUCUUCUCAGUCGUUAUUUUGGGCUUCUUUUGGAAUGGUGGAUCUCGAUAGCUUUGAACUAACUGGUAUAAAAACCUACACCAGGUUUUGGGGACUACUGAUGUUCGGUUCUUAUUCUGUAAUCAACGUUAUUGUACUACUGAAUCUCCUUAUUGCAAUGAUGUCUAAUUCUUAUGCAAUGAUUGAGCAACAUUCGGAUACUGAAUGGAAGUUUGCAAGAACCAAGCUUUGGAUGAGCUACUUCGAGGAAUCUGGCACUUUACCACCUCCUUUUAAUAUAUUUCCUAAACCUAAACAUUUAUUUAAACUUUUAGGGCUUCGAAAGAAAGACAAACUUAAAAGAAUGUCUACAAAGAGACGAAAUAGAGAAGAGAAAGAGCGAGACUACAGAUAUACUGCAGUAAUGAGAGCCUUAGUGUGGAGAUAUGUCUCAUCUAUGCAUAGAAAAUAUGAUGAAAGUCUGGUAACUGAAGAUGAUAUAAAUGAAUUAAAAAGUGAUAUAUCUUCGUUUCGUUAUGAACUGAUUGAGUUACUGAGCAGAAAUGGCAUGGACGUCUCAUCUGCUGAGAAAAGAGAAAAGGGUAAGUUUUUUAUAUUUCUUCAACCUUAUAUUAAUAUAUUUUUUCUAGCUGUACUGGGUAAAAGAAUGAAAAUUUGGGAACGACGUCUUAUGAAAGACUUUAAAGUAGCUCCAGUUGCUAUAGAUGAAAAUGAAGAACUAUUUGCACCUCCACCGGAAGGUGAAACCUCUUUGGCAAGAUUUAGACGAAUCGCAAAAAUGGCAGCCAUGGAUUCUAGCUUAAAUAAGUGGCAAGCAGUGGUUAAAGGAGCCUACGUAGCAUCGCAAAUUGGAAGGUGUCACAGAAGAGAUUCAUUCAAAAAACAACAAAACCUUCAAAAAGCCAUAACAGAGGCUAAACGAUUAGCUGCAAAGAGUCCUGAUAGUUCUAGAUCUGCAAGUCCUCAGGUGACUUUACCUGAUUAUACUGGAGCUGAAAUUGUUAAACUUAUAAAAGAUGAUACAUCACCGUAUGGAACGAUCAGAGGAAGUGUAAGCAUCAGUCCAAACGUAACUAUACUUGAUUCAAAUAAUAAAAAAAGCACCGUACUUUCGCCAACUAUUGCAAUAUUUCCUCCUGAACCUUUAGUUACGAAAAACGAAGUGACGCAACCGAAGCAAUCGACAGAACAAGAUCUAGAUUUGAUAAAUUUAGAAAGUAACCAGGCAUCUUCAGUUUUUAUUUUUGAGACAUCGAAUGGUAUACCUUCAGAUCAGCUUGAUAAAACUGACAAGAAUAUUAUGGAUUCAUCGAGUAAGUCUCCAACUCGCGGUGCCCAAAGUCCCUUUAUGAUACCCUCACCGCCGGUUAAGCCUUUAGAGACGUCCAAAAACUCAUCACCCUCGAGGUCUUUUCAACAAUUUCCCAAGUUAUCCUCUCCCGAUAAAUCUUUAAAGGUAAAUGAAACAUCUCCAUCUAAGCAACUCGUGUCAACAAUGCGACUUCGUUUUGAACAACCACAAAUAGAAAGUGGCCAAGAGAAUGAAGACAAAGAUGGCUUUUCUUCGGAAGAUUCUGAAAGUAAAGGCAGUUGUGAUGAGUUAAAUAGAAUAAUUUCUUCCGAAAAUUUUAAAGAGGACAGAUCUGAUGUUCAAGUAGGUAAAGAUGAGUUAAAGCAAGGUGAGGAGAAAUUUGAAGAUCAAGAUCUUCAGCUUUUUGAAGAAGCAAAACAUGAAUUUAAGGCAUCUCUUGCUCUAGAAAACGUGUCUGAUGUAGAGGAUGAGAUUCACCAUAAAGAAAAGGAUAAGGAACGAUCUUUUACUCCGAGGCCAUUAACUCCUCAACCGUUAAGUCCUCCUUCUGAUUCACCACCGAGAGCUCCAACUCCUUUAACUCAAAGGAAUAUACAUAGGGUACAUGACUCUAGAAGAAUACUGCCGGAAUUUGGUUGGCUCUAAAUAAUGCUUUUGCUUUACUCCUUAUAGGUUACAACUGCCUUGAAAAUGAAAUGAGGAGAUUUACAACAUUUAACUUAUAUAAGUUAUUAUAUUAUGAUAUAAUACGUGUAACUAGUUGAUAACUAGAUUCGUUUCAAAACUGUAAAAUUGGUACCCUUUUUUGUUAUUGGACAAAAAGUCUCUCUUGUGUAUAUUUUUUAAGCUUAUAUCGUUCGACCGCAUACUUUCGUAUCCAUUUAGAUGUUUUAUCACCUAGUUGCACUUUGUGUGAAUACUCUAAAUAUCAAUAAAAGAAACAGUAAAUAAAAUAUUAGCUUUUA